AUGGUGCAAGUCAAAGAAUGUGAUCCUAACAUGGAAAAGGGGGUUUUACUUUCUUUGAGUCCUCCGGUAUCGGAUAGCAGUGGAGAUAACACAGCUCUCAAGCCAGCCUCUGCUCAACUGAGAAUGACAGGCCCUACGAGACGAUCAACAAAGGGAGGCUGGACAGAGGAAGAGGAUAGAAUUCUAGCAGAUGCUGUCGAGAAGCACAAUGGCAAGAACUGGAAAAGGAUUGCUGAAUGUGUUCGUGGCAGAACAGAUGUUCAGUGCCUUCAUCGCUGGCAGAAAGUCCUCUCACCUGAUCUUGUUAAAGGAUUUUGGUCUAAGGAGGAAGAUGAUCUAAUAAUUGAGUUAGUCGCAAAGCAGGGGAAUAAGAAAUGGUCUGAAAUAGCAAAGUCCUUGCCAGGCCGUAUAGGCAAGCAAUGUCGAGAGAGGUGGCACAACCAUUUAAAUCCAGAUAUAAAAAGAACUGCAUGGACAAAUGAAGAAGAAAAGAUUCUAAUUGAGUCGCAUAAAGCCUAUGGGAACAAAUGGGCUGAAAUAGCAAAGCUUCUGCCUGGAAGGACAGAAAAUUCAAUAAAGAACCACUGGAACUGCUCAGUUAAGAAAAAAUUAGAGCUACGCUCAUUCCAUAUAUCUAAUAUGGAAAGUCAUAAAAUAAAAGCAGGAGUCAGAAAGACAGAGGCGGUAAGACAAAGUCUUGAUCGGAUAGCCAACUUCGAUAAAAAUGUGGAAACUUGUUCAAUUAAUCUUGAUCUGGUUCUUGGAACUCCUAAAGGAAGGGAGAUCCAGAUAAAAUCUUUGGACAAAGGAAAUCGCGGUUGGCUUACAAAAGGAGCUGGUGCAGAUAAUAUGAUCAAAUCAUCACCUAGUAACCUUUAUUACGAUAGAGCUGCAGCUGCAUAUGGUCUAAAUGUUGAACAACGGAAAGAAAUUUAUCAUAACUAUGGCAGGUUGAGAGACUCGCAUUAUUUAUCUGCUAAACAAUCAAUCAAAGCUUGCACUACUUCUUCCUGUGAUCUUUGGGGUUUUCCCUAUUUUCAUGGAAAGAAUCAUAAACCCAAUCACCCUAUGAGUUUGUUGAAUAAUUGCUCAGAUUCUUUUGACUACAAUAGAGGAGCUGGAAAUUUUCUCAAGAAACCAGAUCGUCCUAUUACAGUUGAGAGAUUACAUGAAUCUUGUAAAGUAUCACAAGCUUAUGAGGAAACUAAAGAUGCUGGUGGAGCUACUGAGCAUUCAGAGGCUUCAAACCCUGGUUGCUUGUGCUAUAGGCCACUCCAACAAGAGGAUUUGAACUAUUUUUUAAAAAAUGGUGAAUUCCCAAGCACAGAUAGUUACAUCCAGACAGCAUUUAGUUCAGUUUCCUUAUGCACCCCACCAAGCCAAGACAGAGGAAUAUCUGUUGAUUGUAAUGAUCCAGAUUCCACAUUGAGAAGUGCAGCAAGGACUUUUAAGAGUUCGCCAUCUAUCCUAAGAAAACGAAGACAUCCAAUUUCCAGACAAAGUCUCAACUCAGAGCAUCACUAUGUCAUCUCAGAAGAAAUUAGCAAUAACUCCAGAAACAGCCUCAACAUUCUAAGUCCAUGUGGUGAGACAAAAUUCCAUUGCAUGGCUCGAUCAAAUGUCAAAAAACUUUUCCUCUCUCCUCAAAAGUCUCAGAAGCUUUAGCUUCUUAUCUGCUGGUGUGAAUUGUGGUUGAGUGACUUGGCAUGGUAAUUUUGUUCAAGUCUUAUCAGAAUGUUUUGUCUAGACACCAUGCAGCGCGUUCAUCAGACAGCUUUUAACCUGUU